UAGUUCUUACUCUUCAUUGAUCUUAUAGUACUACUUGAUUAUUUCAUUUGAAAGAGAAAAAAAGUAAAUCAUGGGUGUAAUUGUUGAUGAGCAAGUACUCACAUGCUCAAUCUCACCAACUAGGUUUUUCAAAGCUUUCUUUGUUGAUGCCAAGAAUCUAUUGCCCAAUAUUUUACCUACAGUUUUCAAGAGUGCAGAAUACAUAGAGGGCAAUGGUGGAUCCAUCUUACUGCUUUCUUUCUAUGAAGGAAAUGAAGUGAAGACCAUGAAACAUAAGGUCGAGGAAAUUGACGAGGCAAAUCUUGUGUACAAGUUCAGUAUAAUCGAAGGUGCUAACAUGGGCGUUGAUUUUGAGUCUGUCAAGAGUGUUAACAAGGUUGAAGCUGGUCCGGAUGGAGGUUGCAUUCUUAAAUCAGUUGUGACAUAUAACACAAAAGGAGAUAACGAGAAUGCGAUUCAAGAGAGUAUCAAGAAAGCCAAAGAAAGUCUUGUUGGAUUCUUCCAAGCUGUUGUGGGACAUCUACAUUCCAACCCUGAUGUAUACAACUGAAAACAAGACUUCAAAAGAUAGAGAUGGGCUAUGCGUGCAAUUUCGUGUGUUGUGUGUUUUCAAAUCAAAUGUGUGAUUUUCAAAUAAGUUUUUGAUGGCCAUUUUAUUCCCAUUUAAUGUUUGUGUGAACAUAUAAUGUUGAAAAGAUGUACCAGUGUACUUGUACCUUUGAAAAUUGAUCAAUAAAUCAUUUUGCUUUUGUA